UUAUCUCACAUGGCAUAAAGUUUGAUGGUUCUAAUUUCUCCACCUGUGGAUGUUUCUUUGAUGACUAGAUAACAGAAGUCAUAUGAGAUGUUCACUCCUCUUCCAAUUUCUCUCACAUGAAAUUCCUCCUUUGAAGCUUUUACAGAAGUUAAGGUGUUCAUCACAUGGCAAAAUCUACUUGUGAUUACAGUUAACACUGAUGUCUUUUUGGAUUGCUUGUUCCGUAGCCCAAUAUUUUUGACCAGCUGAUCUAUAUAUAAAAAUAGGUGUUGUCCUCUCUUUUCUUCUUCAUAUUCUUGAAGCUUUCAUAGGGUUCUGUAUCAUUUUUGUUUCCCAAUAAAAUUUGACCAUAUUAGCUUCUCUCUCCCCAAUUUAUAAUGCAUCAUACAGAAUAGUUUGCUAUAGAUAUUGGUUUCUUUCGUCAACACUUUUUAUUCCGGUAAAUCUUUAGAGAUUUGGUAGCAUGGGGAAGCUCAGUUUGGGCAAGAUGUUGGAUUGUCUCUGUCUUAAUAAAAGUUCAUGUUCUUGUUUCUGCCUCAACACCUUGGAGAGUGAAGAUGAAUUUGACAAGAAACCACUCAUCGUGAAUGAAGGAGCCCAGUUGCUGAGGUUAAAAGAUGUUGUUUCCAGAAACCAGACACUGGCGUUUCAAUUGAAGCCCAAGAUGGUGGUGCUGAGGGUCUCCAUGCACUGCAAUGGAUGUAAGAGAAAAGUUGAGAAACAUAUAUCUAAUUUGGACGGGGUGACAUCGUACAAAGUAGACCUGGAAAGUAAGAGGGUGGUGGUGAUUGGGGACAUAAUUCCUUGUGAAGUGCUAGAGAGUGUCUCCAAAGUCAAAAAUGCUGAGAUUUGGAUUUCUUAAGCUUUAUGAUGAUUCCAGCAGGCGCACAUGCCAUCCAAAAUCAUUUUCAAAAAUAUGUAUACUUUUUCUAUAAUUUAUAAGCAAUUAUCAUGAUAUACUGUAGGUGUCAUUUUCCGAGAAAUCGGUUGUACUCUUGUGCAGAUGAAAUUUAAAGAUUUCUGCAUUGAUCAUAUAUAGGAAGUUUAAGCCUUCCAAAUUCCAAUAUAUAGCAACCUUAUCAUUCUUUAUC